CCCAGCGCUGGGGAGGAGGAGCAGGAGGUAGGUCAGUCCCUGGGCUCCAGCGGCACUCACGUGCGGCCGCUGCUCACCAUGCACAUCACCCAGCUCAACCGCGAGUGCCUGCUGCACCUCUUCUCCUUCCUGGACAAGGACAGCCGGAAGAACCUGGCCAGCACCUGCUCCCAGCUCCAUGCUGUGUUUGAGGACCCCGUGCUCUGGCCCCUGCUGCACUUCCACUCCCUCACUGAACUCAAGAAGGACAACUUCCUCCUGGGCCCGGCGCUCCGGAGCCUCUCCAUCUGCUGGUACUCCAGCCGCGUGCAGGUGUGCAGCAUCGAGGACUGGCUCAAGAGCACCUUCCAGAGGAGCAUCUGCAGUCGCCACGAGCGCCUGGUUGAUGAUUUCCUCCUCCAGGUGUGCAACAGGUGCCCCAACCUGGCGUCCGUCACGCUGUCGGGCUGCGGCCACGUCACCGACGACUGCCUGGCGCGCCUGCUGCGCUGCUGCCCGCGCCUGCGCGCGCUGCGCCUGGAGAACUGCGCGCGCGUAAGCAACCGCACGCUGGCUGCCGUGGCGGCGCACGGGCACGCGCUGCAGACGCUGCACGUGGACUUCUGCCGCAACGUGAGCGCGGCCGGCCUGCGCCGCCUGCGCGCCGCCCGCCCGCGCCUGGCCCUGCGCGCCGAGCACAGCGCCGCCAUGAUCCCCGACCGGCCCCCGCGCCCGCCCGCGCCCACGCCCACACCCGGCCCGCGCAAGCCGCGGCCACGCUAGGCGGCAGGGCCGCGGGGAGGACCGUGCCUAGGCCUGGGAAGGAGCGCCGGCCCAGCCGUCAGACCGUCCUGCCGCCACGGCUCCCCAGCCCGU